AUGAACAUCACCUGCUCAGAAUCCAUCAGGCUGGUGAAUGGAGACAAUCGGUGUUCAGGCAGGCUGGAGGUGAAGUCUAACAACUCCUGGUCCAUAGUGUGUGAAGAUGACUUUGACCAGCAGGAUGCAGAGGUGGUCUGUAGGGAGCUGGGAUGUGGGGCUCCUUCAUUCCUCCAGGGGGCGCUCUAUGGAGAAACAGAGGCUCCAGAGUGGAGCAGAGAGUUCCUCUGUGAAGGUCAUGAGUCUGCUUUACUCCACUGUAAAAGUAGCAGUUCAUCUCAGAAGUUCUGUUCUUCUGGUAAAGCUGUUGAGCUCACCUGUUCAGUCUCUUUAAGGUUGGUGGGAACAACCAGCCGCUGUGCUGGAGUUCUGGCAAUGUUCUACAGCGAAGAGUGGAGACCAGUGAAUGUCUAUAAUUCAGAGGAAAACUGGAAUCAUGAAUCAGCAACUGCAGUGUGUUCACAGCUGGAUUGUGGUUCUUCUGUGUUCCAAGAAGUCACAGAAGAUUCUACAUGGAGAUAUGUGUGGGAGAUCGAGUCCUCCUGUUGGAA